AUGGGAAUCUGUUUUUCUUUUGACUGUGGCGAUUGCGGAGACUGCGACUGCUGCGGGCCUUGCUGUAUGGCAUUGGCCGCCUGUUGUUGCCUGUCUCUGUGUUGCCCGAACGCUUGUGGACAACAGCAGCAGCCGCCGCCACAGACUGUUAUCGUACAGCAGCCACCAACAGUCAUAGACCACGGACCUCCCCCACCGGGCGGUUACCCCGGAUACCCGCAGCCGUACCCGCAACCUUACCCACAACCUUACCCACAGCCGUACCCUCAGCAAUACCCGCAGCCGUACCACGGAUACCCUGAAGCGAGAUAA